CUGUAGCAUACAAAAAUUGACCCACCGUAAAAUAAAAGUGAAAAUGGAAAAAAUAUGUGAAUAGCACAUGACAUGAGUAGUUGAAUCGAGUACCCUAGCGUCCCCGAUUACAUUCUUCUACUUCCAGCCACCCUCCACCGUUCUUCCCUCUCGUCUUAUCUCACCUUCAACGAGUUUCAAUCAUUAGCUCUAGCAUAUCCUGGAUUUGAGCUUUACCAAUGGCUGAUGACUCUGCUAAAGGAAUUGAAAAUGCUUCUUUGAACUCAACACAACUAGAGAACCCUCAGAUUGAGCCCAUAAGACUGCCCUCAGUAGAGGAAAUCCGUGGUCAAGACAUUUGGAACAAUUGUGCAGUGCGCAGUGUUGUCAGUGGAGUCAUGGGUGGUGGGCUUGGCAUCUUCAUGGGUUUAUUUCUUGGAGCACUGGACAACCCAUUGAUGCAGGAGGAAAUGACUGGCAGACAACAAUUUAUAUAUCAAGCAAAGCAGAUGGGGCGAAGGAGUUGGAGUUCGGCUAAAGCAUUUGCUGUUAUGGGUUUCAUAUUCUCAGCUGCCGAGUGUGUUGUUGAGAAGGCUCGAGCAAAACAUGACAUAACAAAUACCGUUGUUGCUGGAUGUGCAACUGGAGGUGCAAUAUCAGCAAAAGGAUGACCAUAAGUGACAUGCCUAUGGGAUCCUUAUACUUGGGUGGUAAGGACUAGGGCAAUUGAUAACCAUUGAAACUAAAUUUUGGCUAUAUGUUUAAGAGUGUGUUUUUUAUAAAGAGGAAGAUGUAAAUCAUAUUAUUAAAGUGAUUUGGAUGAAAUGGAGGCGCUUCAGGUGUUAUCUGUGGACUGUGACCAUAAAGGUACCACUCAAGCUUAAAGGAGAAUUUAUAAGACGUGCAAUGUUGUAUGAAACUGAAUAUUAGGUGGUAAAAAUCCAACAAGAGAAUAAAUUUAAUGUAACAGAGAUGAAAAAUGCUAUGUUGGAUAGGCAGAUGUAUUAGACAAAACUGGAUUUAGAAAAUUAGAAUGAAUGCAUCAGAAAAAAAAGUUAGGCUAACUCCUAUUGUAGAAAAAAUGAGAAACCAACCUUUGGUGGUUCAGGCAUGUUGCAGAUGACACGUAGAAGCCCCAGUAAGGAGAGUAGAUCAGAUGGAGGAUGGCUUGACUGCAAGAGACAGACAAAAAAAUUUAUAGGCGUAGCCAUUAUGAAGAAUUUAGAAGUCAAUAAUUUGUCUAUAGAAAUGAUUUAUGAAAAAAUAUUAUGGCAUCCUUUGAUCAGAUCCAUGUAGUUGACUCCAUCUAGUGGGGAAAGGGUUGGUUGUUGAAGAGUGUAUCAUUGAUUUUCAAGAGCUUUAUGCUCUAGUCCUGUAAUCCUGUUUGGGAAAAUGAUAAACUUACAACAAAAGUAAGUUCAUUGCUAUGCUCUCUGCUUUGCAUCUAGGCUCUAUUUGUGAAAGGGCACACAACCUCAACAUUUUAUUGCCAGUAUACUUUUGUUUUACAACAGAAUUUAAUGAUUAUAACCCUAGAAAAAUGAUUUUGUUGUA